UUUCGAUUGAAGCGUCAAAGUGACAAUGGUGAAAAACUGUUGGAUGAAUUUAACCCCUUUCCAACUAGCAUGCGUUCUAAUCUUGGUAGUGGCGAUACCUUUCUUCAUAGCAAUGUUAGUCAUUUACUUGAUGUAUGGCGUAAUAUGGUACAAAUCUGAGCAAUGCCAAAACUUAUGUUGUUCUUUGGAUAGAAAGAAUGUGUUAAGUAGAGGGCCUGAUGAUAAAAUACCUAUAGAUGAGAAAACAGGAAAAGAUACAUUACAAGAGUUUAAAAUACCCCCACCACUACAAGAAAAGUCCCCAGAAGCCCCACCACGAGAAGAACCCAUAAUACCCGAACCACCACAAGAACGCGAAACACCCGAACCACCACAAGAAGAACCCACAAUAGCCUCACCACCAACAAUCCCACCCCAACCCCCACAGCGACGCCCACUACCAUUACCACCAGAAGGCAACGGACAGGAGCUACAAGAACAACUGAGGCCACGACCGCGGCGCCCAAAACGUUUGAGCGAAAGGCGAGAAGAAAUAAAAGAAGAAACGCAAAUUCCGCAGCUCUUCAGUCCAUCAAAACCAAGCACCAGACUGCGAGAAUAAGGAAAACAGGACGACAGCAGAAGAAAGCAGAAUAUUUUAGAACCUUUAGUAAAUGAUAACACCGAAGUACCAAAUGUUCCUGUAG